AAAAAUGCUUAAACCCAAAAACAAUCUUGGUUCUCAGGUAGAAAAAACAUUUUGUUCUUAUGGUUUAUUAAUUGAGUAAAGCAAAAUAUUUACUCUUAUUCUACCUGCUAUUAAGUUUCUUUACUUUCUAGAGAAAAGAAAAAAAGAAAGAAAGCAGAAAACGAUAUGUAAAUAUUUCUGAAUAAAAACUGAUUUCGUUCAUAAGGGGUCCUAAUCUGUUCGAAUUUGUAAAUAUAAAAACGUAUUCUAGCUGUUAAAUGAAACAAGGUUUUUAGUUUAUUAAUAAUCUACUGUAUUUAACAUCCUGACAGGCAUCUCAUUUUAAACCAGCGUAUCAUAUGUUUCCUGCCAAAUCUUUACACCAAACAGAACCUUCAAAAUCAAAGAAACUAAAUAAGAUCAAGACAUUCUGCCUCUUAUCUAUUAUCAGAUUGAUGAAGCAUAACAUCCUGGAAACAGGUCCUUGAUGUCUGUGUGCUGAUAUUCUCACUGAUGAUUCUGGGUUCAGUUUAAUCUAUAUAAUAAGACUCAUGCAGAAUGUCGGUGAGUAAGUACAGGGACUGCUGGACCUUGGUUCAGUUUAACACUGCUGACAGACACUACACACAGUGAGUACCCUGUUUCCUCUUUAUCUAAUCCAGUCAGCUUCAGAUGACCAUGGACCUGCAUCAUCAGGCCGGCCUAUAAGAGGUGUGAGGGUCCAGCACAGAGGCACCAUCCACUCCAAAAACCACCAUCUGCAAAACAGGUCUAUUCAAGUCAGCAGCCAUGAAACCGUUCCAUAUUGCAGUUCUUGUUCUUGCCCUCACCUAUGGAACCUCUGCCUAUAAUGGAGGCCUUCAAAUGAGCGACUACCUUGAAAACAUAAAAGCUAAAAUCGCUGUGGGCAACGAAGAGAUGAAGGACAAGGCUCAGUCGUUCCUUGAGGAAAGGCAGAGUGAGCUUGAGCCCCUGGCCGCUGAUAUCCAGAAUAAGAUGAAGGAGCUUCAGUCAGCAGUCACACACAUGGAGGAUCAGAUCAAACCUCUAACUGAGCAAAUGCAGCCAUUAUUGUCCAAUCUGAAGCAGAUGCUGGAUGACCUCAAGCACAGUGUGGUUGUGAACAUCAAGACCAGCAGGAAAUAACCCAACCAGUCAUUUCUAGGCAUCUAUAUUAUGUUGAAUUGCUUUUAACCCAAACCAGAAACAUGUUAAUAUCCCAUUGACGCUCAUUUGAAAAUAAAAAAUUUUAAAGACUAGACAAAAUGGCACAACUGAAAGAUGUUUAAGUUUUAAAUGAAUUCAAAUCCGAUUUGUAUAAAGAAGUUUUCACAGCAGCCUCUAUUAAAGGACAGACCAGGAUUAUUUUAGAACUUUAAUUCAAGCAAGCAAAGGUAAAAUGAAAAUUCACAAUAACAGGCUUCAAAAGCCCAAACAUUUAAAACGGAUAAAAUGGCAGAAAGGAAUGCUUUCACUUACAUUUCCAUAAAUUUCAUCUAAAA